AUGGGGAAUUUGUUCGUGAAGAAACCAAAGAUCACGGAGGUUGAUCGAGCGAUUCUGUCUCUCAAAACCCAAAGACGCAAACUUGGUCAAUAUCAGCAACAGCUUGAGAAAGUAAUCGAAGCCGAAAAGCAAGCUGCGAGAGACUUAAUCCGCGAGAAGCGAAAAGAUAGGGCUUUGUUAGCAUUGAAGAAGAAGCGGACGCAAGAAGAUUUGUUGAAGCAAGUUGAUCAAUGGGUCAUUAAUGUCGAACAACAAUUGGCAGAUAUUGAACUUACAAGCAAGCAGAAAGCAGUCUUUGAGAGCUUAAAGCAAGGUAACAGUGCAAUUAAGGCGAUUCAGGGCGAGGUUAAUCUCGAUGAUGUUCAAAAACUAAUGGACGACACUGCCGAGGCCAAGGCUUAUCAGGAUGAGUUGAGUGCCAUUUUGGGUGAGAAACUAUCAGCAGAAGAUGAAGAAGAGAUCUUAGCAGAAUUCGACAACCUGGAAAGUCAGCUCAUUGUUGAAGAUAUGCCUGGCGUGCCUACAACAGAGCUCGGACCUGAAGAACCCGAGAAACUUGAUCUCCCUGAUGUGCCAACAAAAGUACCCGUCGCUUCCAAUGCAGAAACCGCUCCAACAAAGAGAAAAGUUCUUGAAGAACCUUUGGAAGCUUGA